GGCACCGGGGGCCUCAUGUUUGGCUUCUCGCCCGGGGGCACGGAGCUCAACCAGCCGCGCGGGCCCUCGCUCAAGGAGGAGCCGCUCAGCGUGCGGGCUUGGAUGCAAUCCACGGAACAGAGCAAUCUGUGCAUCGGGCGGGCGCACUUUGAGAAGCAGCCGCCGAGCAAUCUGAGAAAAUCAAACUUCUUCCACUUCGUCAUUGCGCUCUAUGAUCAAGUCGGGCAGCCGAUCGAGAUCGAGAGGACGGCCUUCAUCGGGUUCAUCGAGAAAGACCAGGAAGUGGACAGCACAAAAACCAACAAUGGCAUUCACUACAGACUGCAACUUCUCUAUGCUGCUGGUGGAAGGCAAGAGCAGGACAUUUAUGUACGUCUCAUAGAUUCAGUGACGAAGCAAGCCAUCAUCUACGAGGGUCAGGAUAAAAACCCCGAAAUGUGCAGAGUCCUGCUCACACACGAAGUCAUGUGCAGUCGGUGCUGCGACAAGAAGAGCUGCGGCAAUCGCAACGAGACGCCAUCUGAUCCCGUCAUAAUUGAUCGGUUCUUCUUGAAGUUCUUUCUCAAGUGCAAUCAAAAUUGCUUGAAAAACGCGGGAAACCCUCGUGAUAUGCGUCGUUUUCAGGUUGUAAUCGCCACUCAAGUGUCAGUCGAGGGGCCCCUGCUCGCCAUCUCUGACAACAUGUUCGUGCACAACAAUUCCAAGCACGGGCGUCGCGCGAAGCGUCUGGACGUGUCAGAAGGUAAAAGCGCGCGCGCCUUCUCAGGCAUUUAUCCGCCCCUUCCCAUCGCCACACCCUGCAUCAAGGCCGUGUGCCCGAGCGAGGGCUGGACAAGCGGGGGCGCUCAGGUCAUCAUCAUCGGCGACAACUUCUUCGACGGGCUGCAAGUCGUGUUCGGCACGAUGGUCAUCUGGAGCGAGCUAAUCACUUCCCACGCGAUCCGGGUCCAAACGCCCCCGAGGCACAUUCCGGGCGUCGUGGAAGUCACGCUGUCCUACAAGAGCAAGCAGUUCUGCAAGGGCUCUCCCGGACGCUUCGUCUACAUCUCACUGUGUGAGCCGACGAUCGAGAACGGCUUCCAGCGCCUGCAGAAGCUCAUUCCGCGCCACCCCGGCGAUCCCGAGAAGCUGCCCAAGGAGAUCAUCCUGAAGCGCGCCGCCGAUCUGGCCGAGGCUCUCUACUCGAUGCCACGCUCAUCCAACAGUUCAAGCAGUUUUCACUCGUACACCGGCCAACUGGCGGUCGCCGUCCAAGACGGAAAUUCCCAGUGGACUGAAGAUGAGUACCAGCGAGGCCAGAGCGUGAGCCCGCGGACGGGCUUCUGCAGCAACUCAUCGACGCCCCACUCCACGGGCGGCGGCGGAAGCUCGUACAGCGGAACCGGAAACGGAUACGUUCACGCCAGCAACAUGAGCAACCUGCCCUCGUCGUCGCCACCGAGCGUUUUCGGCGCCGCGUCCAACGUGUGAGCGAGCCGCGGCGCGCGCCAAACCCACUCGAGAGAGAAGCAUUGAUAAACCUAUUGUGUAAUAUUGUAAUAAUUGUUAUAGAAAGAGAGAAAAAAAAUAAUGGUAAACACAGAUGAUAAUUGUAAUGAUAAUCCUAUUUCAGUUUUCUGUUAGAGCUCUCUUUUACCAUUGUCAAAGAAGUCAUUGAUUCUAAAUGUAAAUGUACUUAAUUGUCAUUCGCAGCAUUUUUAAUGAGCGCGCACACACACUAAAGUCCCUUUCACUUUGAUUUCUGCGCCGCCGAGGCGCCAAGAGUGUGGCAAAAUGGGGAGAUUAUUCAAAUUAUUAACAUAUAUUGUUAUAUUGGAUUUAUAAAACUAUUGAAUGAUAGACGAUGUAAAAGUCACUAAUAAAACAUAUCGACAUUAACGUAUACGCAAUGAGGCGGACUAAAGAACAAUUGAUUGAACUGACGAUUUGGGGUGGAAUUCAAUCAAUAGAAAGAAAAAUGAAGCUAUUUCAUAAAUAUUAAACUAAAUUCUCACACACCAAGAAAAGGAAUAAAAAAAAAAUACAGGAUCUUCAUAGCGAGACUCCUUUGUCAAAUUCUUCACACUGAAAAAAAAUGGUAAAAGCAAAGUGUUUUAAAAGUAUAAAAUCAAAUGAGAAUCUUUUAAUAAAAUACAACUAA